GCGGGGUCCUGCGGCGCUCGCUCGCGCUCGGGGGAGGCUGAGGCGGCGGUGGAAGCGACAGCAGCAAUGGCGGAUUUCGACGCUUAUGACGACCGGGCCUACAGCAGCUUCGGCGGCGGCCGCGGGUCCCGUGGCAGUGCUGGCCCUGGAUCACGCAAACAGAAAGAGCUGCCGGCAGAUCCCCCCUUCACGGCGUAUGUUGGAAACCUUCCCUUUGACACCGUCCAGGGAGACAUUGAUGCCAUCUUCAAGGAUCUCAGCAUCAGGAGCGUGAGACUAGUCCGAGACAAAGAAACAGACAAAUUUAAAGGAUUUUGUUACGUAGAAUUCGAUGAGGUUGAGUCGCUUAAGGAAGCGCUGACAUACGAUGGAGCACUUUUGGGUGACCGAUUGCUCCGAGUGGACAUAGCUGAGGGACGAAAGCAAGACAAAGGUGGUUUUGGUUUUAGAAAAGGUGGCGGCCCAGAUGACAGAGGCAUGGGCGGAGGUCCACGGGAAUCACGAGGAGGUGGAUGGGAAUCCAGAGAUGACUUCAGUUCCGCAGGCUUCCGAGAUGAUGACUUCUUGGGAGGCAGAGGCAGAACACGCCCAGGCGAUCGGCGAGGAGGCGGUCCACCAGUGGGAGGCACUGGUCGCUUUAGAGAUGGCCCCCCUCUUCGCGGGUCUUCCAUGGAUUUCAGAGAGCCAACAGAAGAGGAAAGAGCCCAGCGGCCCAGACUCCAGCUCAAACCACGGACGGUUGCUACCCCCCUCAAUCAAGUAGCCAACCCCAAUUCUGCCAUCUUCGGCGGAGCCAAGCCGAGGGAGGAAAUAGUAAAGGGAGAGCAAGAAUGAGCUUUGAGGGGACGCAAUUGGGGAACAGGGUUGAGGGAGGGACGGGGUGGGGGGGAAGGCGGGAUGGGAGAAAACGCAAGACAGCCCAGAGUGUCUCUACCUGUGCUCGAACAUCAACCCUGCGGCCACCAUUCCUAUCAUCUGACACUUCCUUAAAACAGAAAUGGGAAAACCAAACCCAAACCAGAGCUUGUGAAUGCAUGUCAGCUGUUAACAAGUGGUUUUUAGUACGUUCUUGGCUUUGCUGUAUCUAGUGCCUGCGUUGUCUUAAAAUUCUUCCCCCCGCCCCACCGACCCCGGAACACGGCUUUCAAGCCGCAAAAGCGCUCCCCUGUUUCACAGAUGUGAACUUCUGUAAACUGAGGUGCUACUCCAUCUUCCUUCCUCCACCUCUUCUUCCAAGAAACACAGUUCAAGUCUUCAGGCCUGUGGCGUAUCGUUCUGACUUCACGUGGUGCUUCUCUUCCCACUGCACGCUUGUACCCCCUUCUGCGGCCCUCGACUCAAAAGUCUCGGCCACGCAGAAGACACUAGAGCCCUAGAAUACCGCUCCCCCCUAGAUAGCUUACAUAAACACUGAAUUAAAAUUAAAAUCACCUUGGGUCACCCCUGGCACUAUGGAAUAGAUGUGAAGUCAUCGGUUGUGGGGAUCUGGUUUUUGGGUUUUUUUGAGGGGGGGUGGGGUUGCAGUCAGCUGUAAACAAUUUUUUUUUGAAAAUUUAAAAUGGCGACCAGAGCAGGGAGAGGCCAUCCAAACCAAGCCCCCGCUCAGAGCUCAUUUUUCCUCUGUUCCAAACACACAAAGUGGAAGAUGUGGCCUUUCUUCGUGUCUUGCCUUGUCCUGCCCGACACAGUUCUCUUUAGCUCUCACUGGCCAGUGCUGUAAAUCUGUGCCUGCCCCAACGACUGCCUCUUCCAGCUUUUCCUUUAAAAACCACACACACACACGUGCUUGCUACCAGCAUUUUAACUACUUUCUUAAAACCCAGGAAGUUUUAUUUUUUAUUUCAGCUUUGUUUGAAAGAGCAUUGGCCCUUUGCCGCCGGCAUUGGCUAUGUGUCUCUGUGCCCCUCGGCUCCCCCUCUGACAGAAUUUGGUUUAUGCUUGGGUUGGCCUCCCUCGCUGGGUUAUAUAGUGGAUUUUACAUACCCACCCCCCCCACCCCCAGUUGGCACUAAAAGACACAAAGGCCUGAUUAAUCAUCUCCCAGAGAGAUCGAGCUAACCCAAAUCUCCACGCCUCAAGGGAUUCUGCUGUGCUGUGAAAUUUGAACGGAGCUCGAGGGAAGGUAACUGGACCAUUUUAUGCCAUGUUGAGAGGGGAGAACAGCUUCUGUUAAGGUGCCCACGUCCGCCCAGGUUAUAAGGCUUCCAGUGUUCAUUCUGGGCAACAUGGACUCUGGUGCUACCCAAGGGAUCGAAGGAUAUCAGGCUGUCUCCUACAGACAGUAAAGCUCUAAAUCUCCAAGGUGUGAUCUCUCCCUCCCUCCUUUAAGAUAGCCUUGUCCAUUACGCAAAAACAGGGGUUAGAGGUCCAGUUAAACCCACAGGAUAGAACCCCCUCUUGGAAACAGACCAAUUUCAGCAAUGUACAGAAGUAGAAUCUUCUCUUUACUUCCCCGCCCCCCCGUCUGAAAAGCUGCUUUUGAGGAUAAGAACCAUUUGACUAACGCUAAUGUUCUUGGACAUGCAUUUUUGGUGAGGUUAAGUUCCAAACAGGAUCCAUCCAGUGACUCUCUCUUUUGUUCUGAAAUGUGGAAAAAGCCCCAAGAUUUUAAGAGCAGAAAAUAAUAAUAAAGGCUCCCAUGCAAAGCUCACUUAGAGUCAAGACAUGUUGACUUUUAAAUGUAUAAAAUAUAAAACAAACCUUCCAGACACUUAACACAUUCUGCUUCAUGACAAAGUAAAUUUAUGGAUAUGGUAUUUUGUGAAUGAUCUUUUAAAUAAAGAAAACAUUAAGUAAUAGUUAA